AUGGUUGCCCCACCCAUUACGCUAACAGAACGCUACGUUUUUUCAGUGGGAAUCCUCAAAAAGAAGGUCUACAACGAUCCCAUUACUUCAAUGGACCAGCUACGGGAGCGUGUGCAAAUGGCUGCACAACAAAUACUGAAGUACUACGAGUAUCAUGUGGGUGAUAGCAUAGAUACGCUGCAGGCUCAAGAUGUUAUAUUACAAGAAAAAACCAAGCGUCUAAAGACUGUAGCUGUUUCUCUAGAAAGCAUAGAUUCAGUGGGUGAGUUAGUAGAGGAAUCUGUGGUGAAACUUGAACCCCUAAACAAGUCAAGCUCUUCUGAAUCUGAUUACUUGGAUGUUGAAGAAGAAACUUUAGAGUCAGAAGCUUGUGGAGAAAACCUGAACACUGAACAGACUAGUUCAGCUCCACAGAGUACAGAAGAAACUUUAGAUAUACCACAUGCAGAUUAUACUACACCAGUUCCAGAAGUAAUAGAGAAGUGUCAGAGGAGAAAACCAGAUAUAUCGUCAACAUGUGUGCUACAGCUACAGGAGAAGAUGAACUGA